AUGGAAGAGAUAACUAUAGCCAAACGGGCGCACAAUCCGUAUGAGGGUGUGAAGAACAGUACAUUGGAAAUGUGGGAUCAACUGAAAAACACUACAGACGCUCAAGAGGUUGUCUUUGAUGAUAUUCCAGACGAGGCCUUAAUUCAUCAAAUGAAAAUCCAUCAAGAGAAACGAUUAGACUACCAGUCCCAAAGUUAUGCCGUGGACGAAGUGAAUGAAAGCAUAGCGAAUUGCAACUUAUCACCAAAAAGAAAUGCUUUCUUGGAUGGGAAUGCAAUAGAAAAAGAAAAUGCUAUGAAUAAUUCUGUACCUUUGGAAUCAAAGACGAACAGUGCAAAUCAAACCAGGGUACGACACAGGCCUCACGAUGUAGACAGGAAAGAACAAGGGAAUCAUUGGAGGACCCUUCCGGAUAUUCCCAUUUUCCAAGAACUUUCAUCUGCGUCUGUUGAUUUGCCAAAAAAUGAUGUUUUUGGUGGAUACAACAAUUUUGAACAUUAUCUAAGCGUGCAUUAUAAGUUGCUUCGAGAAGAUGCUAUUUCUCCUCUUAGGGAAAGUGUGUUAAGAUACAAAAAGGAUCCAACCUGUACCUCCUCUCCUUCAUUCGCUGUUUACGAUCAUGUUCGUAUUAUUGGACAAAUAAUCGCUACUAGUUCAGUCGUCACCAAACUUUCGUUUUCUGUUCGAGCUCAAAAACGGAUAUCUUGGGCCACGAGUCGACGUUUGAUUUCUGGAAGUAUCGUUCUUUUAAGUCAAGAUAAUUUUGAGCAUUUUCGUGUGGGUACGGUUUGCGCUCGUCCAUUAAGCGGUUUAAGAAAAUAUCCUCACGAAGUCGAUGUUUUCUUUCACGACUUUAAUCUUGAAUUGGAUUCAAGGAAAGAAUUCGUGAUGAUUGAAGCAACUUCUGGCUAUUGGGAAGCUUACAAGCAUGUUUUAUCUAACCUCCAAAAACUUUCUGGGCACCGUUUUCCCAUGAAAGACUAUUUUGUUAGUUGUAAGCAAAAUUCUGAAGUUGCUAGGUAUGUACAACAUGAUCCCCUAAUGCGAAUCAACUCUAUUUUAGGGAGCUCUCAGCCGCCAAUCGAUAUAUUGGAACCUUUUCCUUCUUACGAUGAUUACUUGUUAGACAAGUCUCAGUUAAAAGCAUAUCAAUCCAUGCUUACACAGAAACUAGCAAUCAUACAAGGGCCGCCUGGAACAGGAAAAACUUUUGUUGCUUUAAAGGCAAUCCAAACUCUUUUAGAAAAUUCAAACCCCAAUGUACUUCCCAUCUUGGUUGCAUGUCAAACGAAUCAUGCUGUUGACCAAAUUCUCCUUCAACUUCUGCGCGAAGGCGCAGAAGUUGUACGACUCGGUGGUCGUACUCGAGUCCCUGAAAUCCAAGACGUAUCUGUUUAUGAGAAGCUCAAGUCGAUGAGAAAUACAUUCCAUGCGUCUUAUAAGGAGAUAAAGAGAAAGAAAAGUCGGCUUAUGAAACAAAUGCUAAACAUUAUGUCAAACUUUUCAAAUGAGUAUCUAAAGUUUACGUAUCUACAUAGUGAAGGAAUUAUUACAACGGCUCAAUUACAAUCAUUCAUUCAAAACUCUGCUUGGGUAAAUGUUGUUUCCGAUAGUGAUGACUCAACAGAAGAAGAACAGAUCGAGUGUUGGUUAGGUGAAACGAAAUUAGAUUUGGUAACACCAAAACAGACCGUUUAUGAUUAUGAAGAAGAGCUGCAGAUUGAGGCUGAACAACUAGAAGAACUAGAACAAGAAGCAAAGGAAAAUCUUACUUUUGAGGAUGACGAAUUGCGCGGCGUCUUUGCAGAUUUUAGGCGAAAGUACGACUUUUUUGAAGGUGUUGAGCUUCAUAAGGAAGAGUUGAAAGGCUUUUUAACCAUAGAAAACGUUUGGGAUAUUCCAGAAUUUAGCAGAGGCAUGGUUUAUAAGCAUUGGCUUCAAUUAGCUUAUGAAAAUGCAGAAUCCCGAUUGAGACAUUUGCAUAAAAUAUAUAGUAAAUUGGAUAAAGAAAGAAUCAAUCUUUCUAACAAGCGAGUCGGUGCUCUCCUUCGUAAUGCUAAUGUUGUUGGGAUGACUACAACGGGGCUAAACAAGUAUCGGAAUAUCUUGGAAAGCAUUCGACCUAAGAUUUGCUUUAUCGAAGAAGCUGCAAAUAUUCUUGAAGGACCAAUCAUACCUGCCGUCUUUCCAUCCUUAGAACAAUUGAUUUUAAUUGGAGACCAUAAACAAUUGCGUCCAAGCUGCUCCACAUUUGCGCUUGCUAGAUCCCCAUUUAAUUUAUCUGUUUCGAUCUUCGAGCGUUUGGUGGAAAAUGAAAUGGUUUGCGAUAUGUUAAGUAUACAAAGGCGUAUGCAUCCUAAAAUCCGUCAGUUAGUCGAUUCAGUCUAUUUUGGAUUAUCCGAUCAUCCAAUUGCGAGGUGCAGGCCUGCUAUUCCAGGAAUGGGACAAUUGCGAAGAUUCUUCUUUACCCAUACUAAUGUUGAAGAUACAGAUGGAUUUUCUUCUAAAUGCAACCAAUUUGAAGCUGAGAUGUUGGUUCAAUUUGCUUCUUAUUUGAUUCUUCAUGGAGUGAAUCCACUUCAGAUUACAUGCUUGACAUUCUAUGUCGCACAGAAAAAAGAAAUAGAAAAUCUGAUCUCGAUACAUUUACCAGAUAAAAAAGAAAACAUAAGAGUUGCAACUGUUGAUGGCUAUCAAGGCGAAGAAAAUGAUGUGAUACUUUUAUCUUUAGUUCGAAACCAUGAUCAACGGUCAGUGGGUUUCUUGGAUUCGAGCUAUCGUGUUUGUGUCGCUCUUUCGCGUGCGAGGCAAGGUUUAUACGUGUUUGGAAAUGCUGAAAUGGUAGCAAAUGCAAAUCCCCUUUGGUGGGACGUAAUUAAUACCUUAACCCAGGAUGAGGAACUUCCAGGACUCGGAGACUACCUUCCUUUGGAACCGAAAAUUGAGAACGAUGAGGUAUAUAUAUACGAACUGAAUGAUUUGAUUGAACUUAACAUGAAGUUAAAGAAUAUGAACGCUGAUUGA